AUGUCCUCCAACCGUGACAACACCGACCCCAAAACCAGCCAAUCACCUAACAAGACCAACCAGCCCUCCAAACCCCCAAAAACCCCCAAAGUCAAAGACAUCACAAACAGGGAGUACUUCUCCACUGAAUCAGCACACCAGUCCAGCGACGACUUCGACGAUCUCGAAGAUGAGGACGCCGAGCCUGCCAACCCGAAGACUUCGACGAAACAGACGAAACACGUGAGGAGUAGCUCUGCUGAGUCACUUGUUAAUAUUUCUACAGAGAAGGAGGAGACGCCUAGUCCUACGGCGAGCGAUGUUGUGCUCAAUGCGGAUUUCAGGGAUGUAGCUGCUUUGAGCGAACUGGAGAGGAAGGCGAGGGAGGAGGGGAAGAGUGGGGAGGAGAGGAAGAGGUUGUUGGUUGAGAUGCAAGAGCGGAGGGUUAGGGAGAGGGAAGAGGGGAAGUGA